GAGGAUUCAUGUAGUAGGUGUUAUGUGGAAUAUAUACACGCCUUGAUCUUGAAAAUUAAUUGAACAGAGAUACUGUACUAUGAAAAGAGAUGUUUGGUUAAUAGAUGUUCAAGUGUUGUGAUUAUUAUUGAAUAUUACAGAUCAAUUGAUUCAUAAAGUUGGAAAAUGUUGCGAUUAUAUGUGCUGAUAUAAUGGAUAUACUCCAGUGGCAUUAUUGUUGAACAUGUGAAUAGGCUACAGAGUGCCGUAUAAUAUACAAUAUUCUAUAGUUUAAAACAAACUUCCAAAACAAGUGGUUUUAAAGUUUUUCACUGGACUAAACAGAUUUAAAGAGACUAGGGAACUUAAGAAUUUCAUUUCUUACCAUGGUGGAUGUAGACAAACCCUUGUCUGGGGAGAAAACACAGGGUGCGAGUGCUGGAUACCCAGUUGUAGUAGAUCCCGUGCCGCGGAGGUGGCAGAACGGCAUACAGCACCUUACAAAAAUGAUGAAUUUGAAGAAGCUCAAACGUCGACUGUCACUGACGUUCAAAGGAAAUCGGGGCUUAGACAACAGUCUCUCUGAUCUUGCCGAGCAAAUGACAAUUGAAGACAGCAACGGAAUUACUAAAGACAGCAACAGCGCAGAUGUGAUACCAGAACCUCAUUCACGUAUACAUAUACAGAUUGGUGAUGAUGAUGACCUUACAGAGGAUAUGACGGCUAACCCCGGGGAGAAACGAGACUAUAUAUCCCCAGUCCGUAUGAGAAACAGAAGAAGAUUUAGUGAGGAGGUCACAAAGCGGCUUUCCUUACCUGCAGACAUAAGAUUACCUGGACAAUUUCUAGCAAAACAGAGUCGAACUCCAGAAGGCCAGCUAAGUCGGCGGUCACGGAGAAAAUCCUUGUCUGAAAUUGGGUUUGGCAAGAUAGAAUCAUACACAAAACUAGAUAAACUGGGUGAGGGUACAUAUGCAACAGUGUUCAAAGGUAAAAGUAGACUAACAGACAAUCUGGUGGCCCUUAAAGAGAUUCGUCUAGAGCAUGAAGAAGGUGCCCCUUGUACAGCCAUUAGAGAAGUGUCAUUACUCAGGGAGCUAAAGCAUGCAAAUAUUGUCACUUUACAUGAUAUUGUACACACAGAAAAGUCUCUCACUCUAGUCUUUGAAUAUUUGGAAAAAGAUCUCAAACAGUAUAUGGAUGAUUGUGGAAAUAUCAUGAGUAUGACCAAUGUAAAGAUAUUUUUGUACCAAUUAUUGCGAGGGUUGGCAUAUUGUCAUAAACGUCAGGUGCUACAUAGAGAUUUAAAACCUCAAAACCUUCUCAUUAAUGAACGUGGGGAACUCAAAUUAGCUGACUUUGGUUUAGCAAGAGCCAAGUCUAUACCAACAAAAACAUAUUCCAAUGAAGUGGUCACUUUAUGGUAUCGGCCACCAGAUGUCUUAUUGGGCUCCACAGAAUACGGCACCCCUAUUGAUAUGUGGGGUGUUGGGUGCAUAUUUUACGAGAUGGCAUGUGGGCGGCCAUUAUUUCCAGGGUCAACGGUAGAGGAUGAAUUGCAUUUAAUAUUCAAGACUUUAGGGACACCAGAUGAUAGUAUAUAUCCGGGACUAUCUAGUAAUGACGAAUAUUUAACAUAUAAUAUACCAGUCUACUCAGCAGAACCUUUAAUAAAUAUAGCACCAAGACUGGAUGGGGAUGGUCUGGAUUUACUAGCAAAGUUGUUACAAUAUCAAGCCAAAUUACGUAUAUCAGCUGCAGAAGGCACCAGACAUGCUUUCUUUAACUCUAUGGGACCCAGUGUAAAUAGAUUACCAGAUACAGUGUCAAUAUUUACUAUACCAGGAAUAGCUUUACAUAGAGACCCUGGUAUGAGAUCGUCCUCUCUCAGCACAUCAGCAUUUAAUUCAUCAAGUAAAAUUCGUCGACAGAGUAUGCUGUUCUAAAGAAGACAUGACUGUCUCACUUCAAUUCAUAUUGAUAACAUUAUGUGUAGUCAUAUUUGCUAUAAGGGGCCUUAUUUGAGGGGCAUUAUACGACCCCUUGAAUGGGGUCAAAAAUUGACCCUUCUUGUUAUGUGAUAGUGCUGUUUGUAGGUCCCAAAUAUGGGCAAAUUGUAAACUGUGUAAACAUCAGAUGAAAUAUAUGUUUGAAUGUAGCCCUCAAGCUUGAGGUAAGCCUGUAUGAUUUCAGAUCAGAUUUCAGCAUAGUAGGUCCGAGGUCAGAUUAACCUCAUGUUUUAAGCUCAGUCUCUCUGAUAUAGAGGUCAGCUUCUAAUAUUUAAAGGGUGGUCUCUAAUGUAUAUAGGGCGGCCUCUAGUGUAUAUAGGGCGGCCUCUGGUGUAUAGAGGGGGACCUCAUAUGAGAGAUCAGACUCGUAUGUUUUGUUGUCAACCUCAGAUUUUAUAGGCCAGCUUAGAGUAUUGAGGGUGAGAGAUUGCAGAAGGAAUGAAGAUGGACGCCCUGGUGCUUGGGUCCAAUCACUUUUAGAAAAUGGAUAGAAUGCAUGGUCAUUGUUAAUUUCUCCUUUUACCUUUCUAAUAUACAGCCGAAUAUGUACUCUAUGACCUCUUCUAAAGAAUAAUAAGUCAAGAAAAACUUUCUGAUUUUUACAACACUUCCAUUUCAUAUAACAUUACGAAAUGCAAAUUUACAAUCCACCUAUAUCAUUAAAUUUUAUGUCUUGAACUUCAGUAAUGUUAUUUUGAUAUAUGUAAGUAUACUAGUAUAUAUAUAUAGGUUUUAAUGUGGUCUUCACCUGAAGGUUUGACCAUAAUGGACAUAGAGAACAUCAGAUAAUAAUCUUUGCAUAUCAUUUGUGUUAAUUCUUGUAAAUAUAUCAGAAACUCAGAAUUUUUGUUUUUUAAUGUUUGAACAUAAGUUGGAGAAUGUUUACACUGUAAAUAAUGAUUACUCAUGAUUUAAAAGGCAAAAAGGCGCAUAUAUUCAAGGUGUAGAAACAGAUAAUCAAAAAUGUUUUGUUGUCUUGUGUAUUUUUUUGUCUGAUGAUGCAGCUAAAGUUUUUAUUAAAUCAUCUCUGUCAUUGACAAUAACAGAAGACAUUAUAUUUUAAGUUGUACAAAUUGUGGACGUUUAUGUUAAAGCUUUUUAUUCUGAAAACACAAACAAAUCUUAAUGAGAACAUAAUAUUAAACUGUUGACAGACAGGCUAGUCUGUUACAUGUCUUUCCUAGUGUUAAAAGUCACAUCAAACUUGUAGGAAAGGAAAACCAAUAAGUAUUCAUAUACUGAGAAUGGUUUAUACCUCAUCAGACCACAUCAUCAUAAUCAAAUGUUGGAAUUGUUACAAAAUUUAAAAAUGCAUCAAGUUUUUUGGGGGGUUUUCUUUUUGUCUUGAUUACAAAAUAGGUUGUGCCUUUCAAAACUUUAACUUUGAUUACCGAUAUGAGUAUGACAUUUGGCAAAAUUAUAAUUUUGGAAAAUGAGGGCUCAUUCCUUUAAUUGUCAUGUUGAAAUUGUGAUAAUGAUUACAUGGAAAUAAGGGCAAUAACUCUGAAUUUCCAGAAUUAAGGGGAAUAUCUUUCAAAAAAAAAUUGUAUCAUAUAAAAAUCAUUUAAUGGAUGAUUUAUAAAACAUUUUUGUAACAAUGUCAUAAGUAAAGAUAAUGUCUGCAGUACCGGAGUUUUGUUUAAAUUAUGACUAUAUAUGUUUCAUGGUGUUUUUUUUAUAACACUCUUUAAAAAAUCAUUUAUCAAAAGUAAAGCAAUUUGAUAAAAAAAGUAAAGUUCACAUAAAUCUAUGUAGAUAGCAACGUCAUACACAUUGCAUUUAUGUUUUUCUCUCUCCAUUUAACUUAAAGGAUAAUCAUAAUCUAAACAUUGUUAAAUGGCCAGGAAUAACCAUGAUUACAUGUGACUGUUUUGUAUCGUGAAAACACGUGAUAUAAAAUAUGUGUCCUAUUGUAUCUUAUGUAUAAUUUGUAGUGUACAGAGGUGAAGAAAAUCAACAUUUUAAGAUAUUUUAUGUACAUAGUUCUAUAAGAAAUACAACUUGCUUUAUUUAUAUGUGUAUUUAUGUAUUAUUUACAGCUUUUUUUUGUUGAUUUUGUUUUUGUUUGCUCGCAUAUUUUUGUACAUUAAUUGUUUAUUAUUUAUACGUAGAUUAUUAUUGGAGGAAAAAUUCUGCUUUUUAGACAGAUUUUUAAUUUUGAGGAAAAUUUUUAUCAGAAUAAUGAUAAUUUUGACACUAGAUUUUGUGACUGAGAUUAUGUCUAUAACAAUGUUUGCAUUAGAGAUUGUUUUAGACUUACGAGGCUAAAUUAGGCAUGUUGAUAUUAUAUGUAAUGUGUCAUUGCCUAUUUCUUUAUGAUAUUAUAAAAUAAAGGUGACAACACAUUAAUAUUUGAUUAAAUUGUGAACAUGUUUAAACUUUAGGACUUAAUAAAAACAAACCAAACAUUUUACAGUGAAAACUACUUUCUUUGUUCUACCUUUAAUCUAUUUUAUUUUCUAUUUCGUAAAGUUUGCGUGAUUAUGAUUCUUUUGAAAAUUCAUAAUCUGUAGGUAGAAUAAUGUAAUAAAAAGUUAGAGUUGAGCUAGUUUUAUUUAUGUUAAUGGUCUUAUGUUUUUCAUAAAAAAUAGGGCAUUUAAUGUGACCCACGGUGCUAGCUACCCUAAAUGACCUUGACCUCAAAUCUAAUGUUAUAAAAUUAUAGGGGUUCAACUGAGGUUUUUUGACAUGAUGGGACCUGACAUUAUUUUUGAGAUAAAUGUUCCAUUUGAUGUAUGUCUAUAUGAAUAACCUGUGUGGAAAAUUUCAGAAUAUUCGCUCACUCCUUUUUCCAAGAUAAUAAUUCUAAUUGAAAAAUGACCUAAAUUUGAAAUGACUAGCGAUGCUUUUAACUAAAAUCGGGAUAAAUAUAGCGCAAAAAUAUGAUUUUCAAUUUAUUUCUUAGUAAAUUUUUUAAUUAUCUUUUGCAGAUCAUUCUGUUUUAAGUGUCCUGACUGAUUAAUGUAGGGAUAUUCAAAUUUUUAAGAUUUUGGACCUCGGUUGAGUUUCUUUGAAGGAAAAUACCUAAUGUUAAAUUGUAGGUGUAACAUUGGUUAAUUCCUAUGUUAAUUGUGGCCAAUGAUAGAGCUUCAUUUCAAUCUCAGUCAAACUAUCUCAGACAUCAAUCUGAAAUUUUUAACUUAGAUACAGCUUUCCUAAGUAGCCCAUAUUUUGUGAUAAUUUUUAUAAAUGUAUGUUUGUUUUUGAGAUUUUUUCUUUAUACAAGCUUUCUAUAAAGACAAUGUCAUGAAUAUUUACAAUAUCUGCAGGGUACUUGCAAUCAUGUUAACAUAUUUUUAAUUUUUUUGCCAUCAAAAUGCUGGUUAUUUCAUUAUGGAUACUAGGAUUUUUAACUACAUAUAGUAUGAUAUAUAGAGGGUUAAAUAAAUGUGAAAAUUCUGUCAAUCACACUGUCAUGCUGUUUUCUUUCUUUUUUUCUAUUUUGUAAUAAUCGAGUCCAUUAUUAUUACAAAAAUAAUUUAACACUGUUGUCAUUGUGCAGGGAACAGUAUGGGUUUCAGAUAAGUAGAAAUAUAAUCCUGGUUUUGUUUGCUCAUGACUUACAUGUAUAUUGGAAGGAGUGGAAACUCAGUACUGAGCUACAUGUAAUAUGUUGUUGUACAGAUGUUCACUGAGUCACCAUCAAAUCAAUGAAAAUAAAUUCAAGAUGGCAGAGAUCGUCUUGAAGAUAUUGUGUCCUGAUUGUGACAUUAUAGAAGCUUAUUUUAAUUAUUUAUAUAUAGACAUACAGAUUUAUUAUCAUACUAUUGAUUUGAGCUAUAACAUUACUACUACCUUACAGUAAGUCAGGAGAACAUCACAACAUUAGGUUUAAAAGUAGCCAUUUUCAUGAAAAAUUAUCCACUAUACAGGUAAACACACAACAACGUAUUUCAACAUUUUGCAUCUGAAUAUCAGUUUCCAUUCCAUUCAAUAAAAGUCAUAAUUUGUUUUGAAAGAGGAAAAAAACAUAGCCCUUAUUUUGUUUUAAAUCAGAACUAUUGCAGGCUGUGAUUUUGUAAGAAAAUAAUUGGCAUUAUAAUUAUUAGAAUCUAAAUUUGAAAAUCACACAGUAUUGUAUAAUUCUUAACAUCAGAUCAAAAUACAAAACUUUCAGCAACUUUGUGGUUUUAUGGAUAUAUUUCAUUUUAAAAAACAUAGUUGCUAAUAUAGUUGCUAAUUAAUGAACAAACAUGUGAUUUUGAUUGCACUAAGUGUACAUUUAUUUAACUAUACAAGUGUAUAGCCAAAUCUUCAUUAUUGAUUAGUACAAAUUUUUUAAAUUACAAGUUACUAACAUAAGUUAAAAGUUUAUUAAGUUUAUGUGUGUCUGUACUCUAGUGCUUGAGAGUACCUGGUACAGAUGGACUCCUGUUAACCCUUAAACUUGACUGAACUUACCCAUGUGACCAGUGCAGACCAUGAGCAGCCUGCAUAUAUGUGCCGUCUGAACAUGGUCUGCACUGGUCACUGAUCAGUCAGUACAUACAAUAUAUUUUGAAAUUCACCCUAAAAAUAACAAAUGGUUUAGUCCAGAUUGAAAGAUGGACUACUCCAUUUAAUAGAUUUAUUAUGGUUAAAAUUUAAAUUAAAAAUCAACUACAUGUGCAUUAUGUAUGUACAAUGUACGUAGAUUUAGAAAUCUUAUAGCUGUGUAUACAUCUGAAAACAAAACUUUUUCACAUUUGCUAUAUAUAUCAGUAUAUUAUAAUACUGGACGUUUGUAACGUCAUUUUUCAUUGGAUAAUCGUAACGUUUAUAUAGUUUUAUAUACACGGCUGCUGUCGAUUCAUGAAGAAAUUUUUACUCUUUUUCUCUGCUGUAUUAUAAAUUCGUUAUAAAGAUUGUUGACAGGUUAUAUGACCAUAUAUAAACGGCUGUUUGCAAUAUAACCCUCGCCUAGCGGCUCAGGUUAUAGUUACAAACAGCCGUUUAUAUAUGGCCAUAUAACCUGUCAACAAUCUUUAUAACUAAUAAUAUAUGGUUAAUUAGUUUAACUUAUUAAGGUAAAGUACAAAAGUAUUUAUAUAACAGAUUAUUUUGAAUUCCUCUUGUAUAUAUCAUAAACAUGUUAUAACAUACUUUAUUGUAUAGAAAACAAGUUUUGACAAUCUAUAAGUGAUUUUUUAUGACCUGUGCUUUAUGAUAAUUUUAUACUUGUAUUUUGAAAGUGCUGAAUUUAUUUGAGAAAAUGGAGGGAUAGAAACUUUAAGAUGCGGUUUCAGGCUGUAAUAUUCCAGUUAUUUGUUGUUUUUUGUAGCUUGUUUACUUAGAAAGCUUUAUGUUGUUACAACAUAUUAUUAUUUAUGACAAUAGAAAUUAGCUUUAUUUGCGCCCGUUGCGUAGAUACCAAAAGAAAACGGUAAUUGAUCCAAAAAUGUUAUGGACAAAUAUAUUGAUGUUUUUUUAUAUCAUGUUUAUGUUCAGUCAAUAUCUGUUUUGCUUAUUACAAGAAGUAGCGACUAUAUUGACCUGUAGACAGGCUCA